UGACGCAACGACUUCGCACGCCCAGGAACCAGGCCGCGCGUAAUACUCUUUUUCGCCCGCGGGGGAUGAGGUAUUUAACCUUGAAGGUUUUUGUUCUCUUGGGAACAAGGAAUUCACUACAUAUACCUCUUUUCGGGAUCUGUUGUUUACGAGAUUCUUUUUCUGCGAGCUGCACUGAGAUUAUACUUCGCACAUCACCGCCGAUAGACUCUGCACAUUCUGCAAGGAAUUACGAGAUUCUUUGCCUCCUCUUUGGUCGCUUGAUACUAGACGAUUCACGAAGCUUUACCUCCUCCUCCUCCUCCUCCUCCUCCUCCAAUUCUGCUAUUAGAAGCUAGAACGAUCGCGAUAUAUACCUCCUUCUACCAGAGAACAAACAUGGGAACCUGCAUGUCUCUCAUGGGCAACCGCCGCCGUCGGGGCGGUGGAAUGAUGAGCGGCGGGAUGGGCGGGCCUCCGGUUCGACCGGUUGGAGGAUUCGGAGGCGGUGGGAUGCCGAUGGGCGGCGGCGGUGGGUUCGGCGGUGGUCGUCAUCAUCAUCACUAUGGUGGUGGUGGGUUCGGGGGUCCUGGGGGUCCUGGCGGGUGGGGUGGUGGUGGCGGCGGACCGGGGGGGUUCGGUGGUGGUCGUGGUGGCCGUCGUGGCGGUGGGGGUGGGUUUGGUGGGCGCAGGGGGAGGUGGUGA